UGGAAUCAGAUGUCCUACAACAGAUUGCACAGUAAACACGCGUGGAUAUGCAGAGUGCGAACUUUAAUUAGGUAGCCUAUUUGCACAAUAUAUAAACCUUUGGAUUAUGKGAUAAAAUAAASAGCAGAGAACAAUUAUCUAUCACCCGAUUGAAUGCCUGKGCGAAUUCAGAGUGGGACCAGAGAAAGAGGGGAGUUUCUCAUACACUUUUAGCCGGAGGACUGCGGCUGGAAAGAGUCUCUCUGUUCUAUAGAAUGCUGGAGAGAUCCUGUGUAGCGCCCCCUUGUGUGGAGGAGGAAUGACGACGCCCCCUCGAUGAGAGCRAUGGAGCUGAAAGUGUGGGUGGAUGGAGUGCAGCGGAUCGUAUGUGGCGUCACAGAGCUCACCACGUGCCAGGAGGUGGUCAUUGCCCUGGCCCAGGCCAUUGGGCGUACUGGCAGGUACACGUUGAUCGAGAGAUGGCGGGAGACGGAACGUCACUUGGCCCCGCAUGAAAACCCUGUGGUGUCCCUCAACAUGUGGGGCCAGUAUGCCAGCGACGUGCAGCUGGUUCUCCAGCGCACUGGCCCCUCCCUCAGCGAACGUCCCAACUCCAACUGCUCAUCCCGUGUGCCCGAGCGCGGCCUCUACCGCCAGAGCCUGCCUCCUCUGGCCAAGUUGCACGCGUCGGCCAAUGACCGUUUGCUCAAGCGUCGGGAGCCCAAGCGUAAGUCCCUCACCUUCACGGCUGGGGCCAAGGGCUUGAGGGAUAUUUUUGGGAAGGGCAGAGAUGCCGAGGCCAAGCAGCAGCAGAGAGCACUGAACCAGGGCAAGGGGGUGGUGUCUGUGCCCCUCAGUCCAGCCCGGGAGCUGGUGCGCUUGGUCCAGCUGCAGAAGGACAAGCUCCAGCUACUGGAGAGCCGGCUGCAGGGCUGUGAGAGUGGUGAUGUUGGCGUGUGCAUCGAGGGUCAGGAGGGCAUUGGCGUGCUGGAGGAGGAGCUGGUGCGUCUGGAGCAGCAGCUGCGGAGGAAUGAGGUGGAGAUGUCCGAGGAGGAGUUCUGGCAGAACGAGCUGCAGAUCGAGCAGGAGAGCGAGCGGCAGCUGAGGGAGCAGCUCCAGGAGCUGAUUGGACGGAUGCGGGAGCGCGAAGCCCGGCUGGGGGAGUACCUGACCCGUAUCCAGGGCAUGGAGGCUGGCCUGGAGCAGGAGACUGAGCAGAGCAGGCAGGUGGACGAGGAGGAGGCCCGGGCCCAGCUGGGGAAGGUCAGGGCAGAGCUGGAGCAGCAGGUUCAACACAGAGUGCAGCUGGAGAGCAGCUGCAGGGCUGUGGACCYCUCACUGGGACAGUCCAGCAAGAAACUACAGGAGAAGGAGCAGGAGUUGGAGCAGUUGACCAGGGAGCUGAGACAGGUGAACCUUCAGCAGUUCAUCCAUCAGACUGGCACCAAGGUCACCGUUCUACCAGCCCAGCCCAAUGAUCAGGAGAAUAACACAGACCUCCAAUCAGGCUCGCUGAAACGGCUGGGCUCCUCCCGCCUCCUCCCCAGCGACCUCCGAGCUCUGCAGAGUCCAGUGUCUUCAGGCCUCAACCCUGAAGGCAUCUACGUCUGACCCCUGACCUUUACCUUCUGCUGCCUACCAUCAGUGACCCUCUGCUGGAGUUGAGUCGGCUUCUCCCCUGGAGGAUCCAUCUCUUAUCUCCAUUGGAGCGCCACCAGAGGAGGCUGGUGGGAGGAGCUAUAGGAGGAAGAGCUCAAUGUAAUGGCUGGAAUGGAAUAAAUGGAAUGGUACCAAACACAUGGAAACAACCAUUACAAUGAGCACUUGCGCUGGCAGCUCAUCCCCUAGCCUCCUCUGAUCUCCACCCUGUCCUCACACAAUGCCAUCCUUCCCCUUCUCUCUGCUGACUUUCCUCUAUCUUCCAUGAGAACACACAGAGACCCUCAACAGUUUUGUCAAGACUAUAGGAUUUAGAAUGUUUGCCUCAUUUUGGCUGUUCUGCCACUGGUAGAUAGCUGGAGAGCUCGACCAUGUCCUUGCAUGACUGUUUGAAAAGCAUAGCAUCUUUUGAGGUACAUAAGGCCCAAUUUCAAACAGAACGUUUUAGCCUCACCUCUGUGUACUUCUCCAUCUCCUCUCGAAGAUUGAGUACCAUGACUGAGUAGAUGUGAGAAAUAUGGUAUUAACACCACCUAGCACUCUGUUACCAUCAUAUAGCAAGCUAAUGUACUAGUAAAGUGCACAAUCACAGUCAUGUGAUGACUUAACUAAAGAGUCAACUGCUGCACCUGGACAACCAUGAGGAAAUCCAGAUGUUUGUAGGGGUUGAGACUGAAGAAAGUCCCUUUGAGAUCAGGCGAUAUAGAGGAAAUGAAAAUAUCUUCAGACAACCAUGAUUUACAAAGACCGAGGUCUCAAACGUCUAAUGGCCAUUUGUUACAGAAACAGAAUGGGUCAGAAAACCAUAUUUUACACAGAUAGGCCACCUUGUGUGAGACCUGUGGUGUGUAGCAGAGCCAUAUCUGACUGCCUUAUUAGAUGUAUUUUUCUGUUUUAAAGACUUUAAGAACAGUAAAGGCUGUUAUAACAGAUACUUAUAGACAUGGCAGCUAUGCUCCAGAGAUCCGAUGCACCAUUUAUUGUCAACACAGCAGUCUAGUGACUAAUUGUUGAUCAGUUUUGUGAAUUGUUUUUUUUUGUGUGACCAAUGUCAAUAGCUGUAGAAUCUGGUCUGCCACUGGGUGGCAGAAUACUUCUCACAAAACAUUUAGCUAGGAUCUUAAUGUUGGUCAUUUCAUAUUGAUUAUACAUGCAAAAAUGUUACAUUAUGCAAUUUAUGUGGUUACUCACUUUCAUUGUUGGAAUCUUUUAGUAUGCUGUAAGUUUACCGUUGCACUUUUACUUUGGAAGGGCCUGUACAAUUUGUACUUACCACUUAGUUUUUAUAGAUGUCUUGUUUGUGUUGAGUGGUUUUCUUUUCUCAUUUGUAACCUCUUGAAGAAUUGUAGGUUUGUUUGUCUUACAUGGCUAAUCAUUUUUAUGAAGUUAAAAGAUGUCUCACAUGAACCAAAGUAAGUUAGACAAUGUGAUUGGUAGCGGUCAACCUGAAUGUACUUAAUUUGUUAAAACAGAACGUGCUCUGUAAAUACCUUUACAGGGGCCACUGUAUCUGCCUCCACUUUAAAAGUGAUGCAUUUGUAAUGGUGAGCAUUGUUAUUGGACUGUAUCUGUCAAUAGAUCGAACUCCACUCUGUGGCUCUUCAGCCUCGUGGAGAGAGGACUGUGUGAGAUAAGAGGUUGUUGUGGACUAGUUGAUACCAGGGAACCCCACCAACAGCAAAGCCGGUGGACGCACUUCAAGGUCAACAGACUGACCUAAAGCUCGUUCCAUUCAGUAUUAUUGAUGUCCUAGUUUGGAUCAUGAAGAAGGGUUGAGCUGUGUCGUCGAAAUGUAACCGAACUGUAACCCACUAACACAAGAACAAUGGCUCUUAACAACGUACACAGCGGAGACUAGCAUGCCUUACUGAAUUGUAAAUAAUCACUACAUAGUAUUGGAAUAUUUUUACAAUAUUUAAAAUAAUGCAUAAUGCUGACAAAGACAAUAGUUGUACAUAAUAUGAAUUAAACUUUUGUUUUAUCCUGCUACUCUGUGGACAGCUUGGUGCAUGCACUGAUGGCUUGGUUUCAUUGAUGUUUUUGUAUUGUUGAAAUGACAGAGGCUUACGAUAAUAGUGGAUUAUAAGUACGGAAGUAUAAUGUUUA